AGGCCGUCCCGCGGCAAGGCAGACCCCCCGCCAGAUACGGUUCCGCCCUCCGGGCCCGUUGCGAUUCUUCCACUUGUACAUCGGGGUACGCCAACUACCGAAGACGCUUAUCUUGGUAUAGCCCCCGCCCCCCGCCUGCCGAGCAAUGGCCCAGAUGAACAAGGCGGGCUCCAUCGUGCCCGCCGUGGCCUCGGCGGCGCUCUUCGGCCUCACGGAGCUCCGGGUGGCGUCCGAGGCGCGCAGCGCGCAGCUGCUGACCGCCGCGCUGCUCCUCGCCGCGCUGGCCGCCACGCACACGCACGCCGUGCUGGGGAAGGGCCUCAGCGGCUGGUGCCUCUUCCAGCCGUUCCGCGGCGGCGCCUGCUUCGUCGUCCUGCAGGCUUGCGGCUGGACCAGCCUGGCCACGGUGGGCGCCGCGGUGCUGCUGCUCGUCGCUACGUCCGCCUACGUGCCCGGCUUCGCCUCUGCGCUGGGGCUCGCGCAGCUGGUCGCGCAAGUCGCCCUCGUCAUAUCUCUCGCACACUUCGAGAACGUGCACGUCUCGGUCGAGUACUGGAGGCAGCACUGCAAGCAGUGGAUGCACGACGGGAUGCCUCUGUCCGUGGCCGCCAUCAUGCUGGUGACGGUGGCCAUCGCGACAAUCGGCGCCGCCAUGGUCUCGCCGCCGUCCCCCCGGCUUGCCUGCUGGAUCGCCCUGGCCAUGUGGCUGCUCCUGCAGGCAGCCGGCGUCCGCAUCAUGUGGACGGUCACCUGGAACAUCGGCACGCUCUUCGCCUACGCGCUCGAGUCGGAGGAGGCGCUGGCCGUCAUGGCGUGCAUCGGCAUAGGCGCCGUCUGCGCGCCCUGGUACCUGGGCCGCGCCGCCUUCUGGCGGCAGGACUUUGCCACCCGCGCCAUGAUCGGGCUGUCGCGCUGGGCCAGCGAGGACCUCUGCCUCCCGCUGCGGCUGCGCGGCUGGUACGUCCACGAGCACUGCAUGGGCUACGUGCGAGCCUGCUUCCUCUUCGCGGACACCGCGCUGCACGCGGUGCCCGCCGCGCUCCUCCUCCAGCACUGCGCGUGGCGCAUCCGGCCGUGGCACGUCGCGGGGUCCGUGGCGCUCUCGGCGCUCUGGAUGGCGACCCUGUCGCUGAGGUUCGUGGUGCUCGACUUCCAGCUCCUCUGGCAGGGGCGGCUGCUCUGGCGGCGCUGGGGCGAGAGGUCCCUCUUCGAGCCGCACAAGGUCGGCCACAUCUACCUCUUCGAGAACAGCGCGGUUCCCCAGGACUCGAAGACGACGCCCUGAUCGCGUGCGUCCCGGGCUUCCUGAGCUUCAUGGCCCUCGGCCACGCCGCGGUCGCGCUCGUGGCCGCGACACCCUGGGCGGGCGAGGUACUCUUCGCCGCGGGGGGCGGGCACCGCGUCUCGGAGGGGACCCUCGCGGGCGCGAUCGUGUGCCUGCUGGGCUGCUCCGCGCUCGCGGGCGCCUCGGGCUUCGCCAGGCUCCUGUGGCUCCGAGCGCACGAGGCGAAGGAGAGAAGGAGAAGUGAGGCGCGCGUGGUGCCGUCACCAGCGGGCAACGGGGGGGGGCGGGGGCGGGGAAGCGCACGUGGGGCGAGAGGCUCGGGCCCAGCUUCGCCCCCGGGCGAGCUCUUGUUCUCGGCGGCGAGCGGGGCCCGCCCCUUCUCUCAUUUUCCCCGGAUGCUCACCGCCGCUCUUCGCUGCCUGCGCCGUGGCCGCGGGAAUCGCGCCGGCCUGCCCAGCGCCAUCGAGAGCGGGAGAGGUCAGGAGCCGGGAGGUACGGUCGGGAGCCUGGGCCCAGCGUGUCGCGCCGCCGGUGCUGGUUUGAGGAGCUUCGGCGCGGCACGCGAGCCGCUUCCCGGCCCCCGAG